AUGUCUGUAACGACAACGAGUCGCGUUUUCCUGCCCCAGGCAAUUACUCUUUCUAUCAAUGGCCGGGAUCAAGAACCUACCGAUGAGCCAGCACCGGCACCUAAUUCUCGUUCUGACAUUCGAUAUGUCGAUGGUUCUUCAAACCCAGCCACCUGGCCGUCUCAAUAUCGAGACGUGCCAUCGAGAAAACCUAUCAAUCGCAAUCUGGACAUGAUGACUCGACCUGGAGGUGCCAACAUCGCAGAACAAAUCUUCAUUGCGACUUUGCUCAAUGGUGUGCGCCUUAAUGCAAACGUGAAUACUCUUUGGAGGGUUAGCGGUGGUAAGGUCAACAAGACGGUCUUCAGGUACGAGAUUGGUGGCGAAUGGUGA